GGCGUGGCCGUCUAUGAUGUCGGACAUUUAAAUGAAUCAGACAUAGGGACUCAGAAGUGCGAGAGUAAUGUUUUAGGGCUUGGCCGAGGGGGGAAAUCACUGUAACUCUCCAUUCUGCACCGGGAGCCUGCAAAUUUAACAGGGAUAUAUAGCCUACGUAUACCCUAUGCUAAAGAAUCUGCGGCGAAAAUUGAAUUAAAUUGUACCCACAUUCAGAAUCAAAGAAACUCUAGCCAGACAUGGAGGACAUUGUUAUUGCUGGAAUUUCAGGUCGCCUUCCUGAGUCUAACAAUUUGGAAGAAUUUUGGCAGAACCUUUUUAAUGGAGUGGAUAUGGUCACAGAAGAUGACAGGCGGUGGAAACCAGGUCUGUAUGGCCUUCCACGAAGAAAUGGAAAACUAAAAGAAAUAGACAGAUUUGAUGCAGCCUUUUUUGGGGUGCAUCCCAAACAGGCCCACACCAUGGACCCACAGCUAAGGCUUAUGCUAGAGAUAUCGUACGAGGCCAUUGUCGAUGGAGGCAUAAAUCCAGUGUCCAUGCGUGGCAGUAAGACUGGUGUCUAUAUUGGUGUAAGUGGCUCAGAGGCAGGAGAGGCCUUCAGUAAAGACCCAGAGGAGCUGCUGGGCUACAGCAUGACAGGCUGCCAGCGUGCCAUGUUUGCCAACCGCUUGUCUUACUUUUUUGAUUUCAAUGGUCCCAGCACAGCCAUUGACACAGCGUGUUCCUCUAGUCUGCUGGCUUUGGAAAAUGCCUUCAAUGCUAUUCGAUAUGGCCAGUGUGAUGCAGCACUUGUGGGCGGAGUCAACCUGCUGCUCAAGCCCAACACCUCUGUGCAGUUCAUGAAACUGGGCAUGCUCAGUCCUGAAGGAGCAUGCAAGUCAUUUGAUGCCUCAGGAAAUGGUUACUGUCGCUCAGAGGCUGCUGUCGCAGUACUCUUGACCAAGAAGUCGAUGGCUAAGAGAAUCUACGCUACCAUUCUAAAUGCUGGCAAUAACACAGAUGGCUACAAAGAGCAAGGUGUGACAUUCCCAUCAGGUGAGAUGCAACAGCGCCUCGUCCGUUCCCUUUACCAGGAUGCCAAUAUCUCACCAGAGCAGGUGGAGUAUGUCGAGGCCCACGGCACCGGUACUAAGGUUGGAGAUCCUCAGGAAGUGAAUGGCAUUGUCAGUGUAUUCUGCCAAUCACAGAGGGAUCCCCUUCUGAUUGGCUCAACCAAAUCUAACAUGGGACACCCAGAACCCGCCUCUGGUCUGGCAGCCCUUGCCAAGGUGGUUUUGUCUUUGGAACAUGGCGUCUGGGCUCCCAACAUCCACUUCCAUGAUCCAAACCCUGACAUUCCCGCUCUGACAGAUGGCCGGGUACGUGUAGUGACGGAGCCCAUACCUGUCCGUGGUGGCAUCGUAGGCAUCAACUCAUUUGGCUUUGGUGGCUCAAACGUCCAUGUCAUUCUGCGUCCAAAUGGUCCAAAAGCACUAGAUCAGGCAACCCCACCUUCAAUCCCCAGACUCCUGCAGGCCUCUGGGCGUACUGAGGAAGCUGUCACUUCCAUCCUCAAAAAAGCCCAAGAGCAUACGGAGAACCCAAGCUUCCUGUCUCUGUUGAAUGAGGUGUCUGGAGUUCCAACAGCAGGCAUGCCGUUCAGGGGCUAUGCACUGAUUGGAGCCCAGGGAGAAGUUACAGAGGUUCAACAGGCUCAGCCCACACCCAGACCUCUCUGGUACAUUUGCUCAGGAAUGGGAACACAGUGGGCAGGUAUGGGCCGCACUCUGAUGCAGCUGCCUGAGUUCCGGGAGUCGAUCCAGCGUUCAGAUGUGGCUCUAAAGGACACUGGACUGUGUGUGUCCCGUCUGCUUAUGGAUGCUGACGAAAGCACUUUUGAAGACACUGUUCACGCAUUUGUUGGUCUUGCAGCCAUCCAGGUUGCUCAGAUUGACAUGCUUCAGAAGAUUGGUCUACAGCCAGAUGGGAUUGUGGGUCACUCUGUGGGAGAGUUAGCGUGUGGAUACGCCGAUGGAUCCCUGAGUCACAGUGAGGCCGUUCUAGCUGCUUACUGGAGAGGACGCUGUAUUAAAGAGGCCAACCUGCCCCCUGGAGGCAUGGCUGCCGUGGGCCUAACGUGGGAAGAAUGCAAAGCUCAGUGCCCACAGGGUGUCGUUCCUGCUUGUCACAAUGCUGAGGACACUGUCACCAUCUCUGGCCCUCAGGAGUCUGUCAGCAAGUUUGUAGCCCAGCUGAAAGAGAGUGGUGUUUUUGCCAAAGAAGUGCGCAGUGCCGGUGUGGCUUUCCACUCGUAUUACAUGGCUUCCAUUGCUCCUGCCUUGCUCUCUGCACUGCAGAAGGUAAUUAAUAACCCAAGGCCUCGCUCAGCACGCUGGAUCAGCACAUCAAUCCCUCAGGCAGACUGGGAGAGCCCACUAGCACUCUACUCUUCUGCUGAAUACCACGUCAAUAACCUGGUCAGCCCUGUGCUCUUUCAGGAGGGUCUCAACCAUGUGCCAGACAAUGCUGUGGUGGUAGAAAUCGCCCCACAUGCCUUACUGCAGGCCAUCCUGAAGCGUAGCCUAAAACCAACCUGCUCCAUCCUCCCCAUGAUGAAGAGAGGACAUCCCAACAAUCUGGAGUUCUUCCUUUCUCACGUGGGCAAGAUCUACAUGAAUGGAAUUAAUGUCGACAGUAAUAAGUUGUAUCCAUCUGUGGGAUACCCUGUUCCGGCGGGGACCCCCCUCAUCUCUCCUCACAUUCAGUGGGAUCACUCCCAGAUCUGGGAUGUCCCCAAGGUGGAAGAUUUCCCUGCUGGCUCAGGGGGAUCUACCUCAGCCACUGUGUACAAUAUUGACAUGAACCCAGAAUCUCCUGAUUACUACAUGAUUGGUCAUUGUAUUGAUGGACGAGUGCUGUAUCCUGCCACGGGGUAUCUGGUCCUAGCCUGGAGGACACUGAUAAGAUCCCUGGGCACUGUCAUGGAACACACGCCUGUUACAUUUGAGGACGUCACCAUCCACAGAGCCACCAUCCUACCCAAGACAGGGUCUGUUCAGUUGGAGGUGCGGCUCAUGCCUGCCACCAACCGUUUUGAGGUGUCUGAAAAUGGAAAUCUGGCUGUCAGUGGUAAGGUUAGUGUCUUUGAGGAUGCUGGUCUCAACACCUUCCAUGCUGAGCUUGCUAAGCCAAUGGCUACAAACCAGGAAGAUCCCAGAUUGCAUUUGAAAGCUGGAGACAUCUACAAAGAGCUGCGUCUGCGUGGAUACGACUACGGCAAGUCCUUCCAGGGCAUCUUGGAAUCCAACAAUGCUGGUGACUGUGGAAAGCUUCACUGGAUGGGUAACUGGGUAACGUUUUUAGACACUAUGCUGCAGAUGAUUGUGGUGGGGCUGCCUGGGCGGAGCCUGAGACUGCCCACACGCAUCCGCUCUGUGUGUGUGGACCCCAAACUGCACGAGGAGAGAGUGAAAGACUAUGCUGAUGACCAGAAAGCCGUUGACGUCCAUGUUAACCGUUGCCUGGACAAAAUCACAGCUGGAGGAGUUCAGAUCUGCGGUCUGCACGCUACUGUAGCGCCUCGUCGCCAACAGCAGCAGACCCCACCCACUUUGGAGGAGUUUGUGUUUGUUCCCUAUGUGAAGUUGGAUUGCCUGAGAACCAAUGAGAAACUGGGUGACCAGUUGAGGCAUUGCAAAGGUCUAGUGCAGCGUCUUCAGAGGAAGCUGACCAAUCAGGGAGUAAAGAUCUCCAUCCCUGGGCUAGAAGAUGCAACAGAGGGCCAACUAAUUGAAGCAGAGGCAGAGAAAGGCCUGUUGCGGCUGCUGUCAAUGCUGUGCGGGCUGGAGCUGAACGGAAACCUACACUCUGAGCUGGAGCAGACAGUGCAGAAAGAAAGAGACUGCCUGCUGCAGGACCCUCUGCUCAAUGGCUUGCUGGACUCUCAGGCAUUACGCCACUGUUUGGACACAGCCCUGGAGAACAGCACACCUGGAAAACUCAAAGUUUUGGAGGCUCUUUCUGGCGAUGGCCGUGUGUUCUCCUGGGCUGCUGGCCUCCUCAAUAUCCAGCCAAUGCUGCGUCUGGACUACACCGCCUCAGAUGUCUCUACUGACCAGCUGGCUGUUCACCAGAGCUCCCUGGAGGAGCAGGGCAUCUCAUCUGCUCAGUGGAACCCACUUCAGGGCCCAGCAACAGGCAAUCUGAUUGGGGCUGACCUGGUUGUAUGUAACUGUGUAGUGGGACCCGUGGCCAACCCUGCAUUGCUGAUAGAGAACUUGACUUCAGCUGCCAGGGAAGGUGGUUUUGUGUUGCUCCACAUCCUACUUAAAGGAGACACUCUGGGGGAGACCGUAGCCUUUCUUACAUCUCAAAAUAACAGAGAUGGUUUGUUGACUCAGACUGAAUGGGAGAAGCUCUUCCAGCAGGCUUCUCUGAAUGUGGUCAUGCUUAGGAAAUCCUUCUACGGUUCAGCCUUGUUCCUCUGUCGCCGACAGACCCCUCAGAAACAGCCCAUCACUAUUUCUGUAGUCCCCACUGACUAUAAAUGGGUGGAGACUCUAAAGAACACUUUGGCUGAGUCCUCCAAUAGUCCAGUCUGGCUCAUGGCCACUCAAGGUCAUAAUGGAGUGGUGGGAAUGGUAAACUGCCUCAGACAGGAGCCUGGAGGCAACCGUAUACGGUGUUCAUUUGUUUCUAAUCUUAGUAAGAAUGCAGUAACCCCCUCCAUUGUUGCUACUCAUAAGGACAUGCAGGCAGUGCUUCAGAAGGAUCUGACCAUGAACGUGCACCGUGAUGGAGUGUGGGGCGUUUUCAGACACCAAUUGCUCACACAAGAUCUAAGUGAGGAGUUGACAGAGCAGGCGUAUGUGAAUGUCCUGACUCGUGGUGAUCUCUCGUCAUUGCGCUGGAUCGCUUCACCGCUGCGUCAUUUUGUCCCUUCCAACCCCAAUGUACAGCUCUGCCAAGUUUACUAUGCCUCCCUCAACUUUAGAGACAUCAUGCUGGCCACCGGCAAACUGCCUCCUGAUGCCAUCCCUGGAGACAUAGCAUUGCAGCAAUGUAUGCUGGGAAUGGAGUUUUCAGGGCGAGACCCCAGUGGGCGACGAGUGAUGGGUUUGCUGCCAGCUAAAGGCCUGGCCACCUCUGUGGAUGCAGACAAACGGUUCCUUUGGGAUGUUCCUUUCAGCUGGACUCUGGAGCAGGCUGCUUCCGUUCCAGUGGUGUAUGCCACAGCGUAUUACUCCCUGGUGGUCCGAGGACGUCUGAGGCCAGGAGAGAGUGUGCUGGUCCACUCUGGCUCUGGAGGGGUCGGGCAGGCGGCUAUUGCUAUUGCACUGAGCAUGCGCUGCAGAGUAUUCACAACUGUGGGUUCUGGAGAGAAAAGAAAAUAUCUGCAGGAAAGAUUCCCCCAGCUCACAGCAGAGUCUUUCUCUAAUUCUAGAGAUGCCUCCUUUGAACAGAAUUUACUGCUACACACUCAAGGCAAAGGAGUUGAUUUGGUACUCAACUCGCUUGCUGAAGAGAAACUGCAGGCGAGCUUACGUUGUUUGGCCAGACAUGGUCGUUUCCUGGAGAUUGGCAAAUAUGACCUUUCCAACAACACACCACUAGGUAUGGCUCUGUUCCUGAAGAAUGUGGCCUUCCAUGGCAUCCUUCUGGAUGCUUUAUUUGAGGAGGGAAACAGGGAAUGGGAGGAGGUGUCCGAGCUGCUGAAGAAGGGAAUUGACAGUGGUGUAGUACAGCCAUUACGUACCACCGUCUUUGAGAGGAACCAGGUUGAGGACGCCUUCCGUUACAUGGCUCAGGGCAAACACAUCGGCAAAGUCCUGCUGCAGGUACGUACAGAGGAGAAGAGCAUUACUGUUUCUACAGUUGCUCCUCUUUCUCUCCCAGCUAUCUGCCGUACCUUCUGCCCUGCUUCUCUGUCAUACAUAAUCACUGGAGGGCUGGGUGGUUUCGGGUUGGAGCUGGCCCAUUGGCUCACUGAGAGAGGUGCUCGCAAUCUGGUGCUCACGUCACGCUCUGGCAUUCGCAAUGGUUAUCAGGCCAAGCGUGUUCGGGAGUGGCAGGCCAUGGGCGUCCAGGUCCUUGUGUCCACUAGUGAUGUCAGCACCCUGGAAGGGACAGAACAUCUCAUCACUGAGGCCUGCAGGUUGGGUCCAGUCGGUGGUAUCUUCCACCUUGCCAUGGUCCUUAAAGAUGGCAUGCUGGAGAAUCUCACCCCACAGCAGUUCAUUGAUGUCAAUAAACCCAAAUAUGAUGGAACCAUCCAUCUUGACUGUGUUACAAGGCAGAAGUGCCCCCAGCUUCAGCAGUUUGUGGUUUUCUCCUCGGUCAGUUGUGGCCGUGGUAACGCUGGCCAAAGCAACUAUGGCUUUGCCAACUCCACUAUGGAGCGAGUGUGUGAGCAGCGUCGCCACGACAACCUGCCGGGCCUGGCCGUGCAGUGGGGUGCCAUUGGUGAUGUGGGCGUCGUCUUGGAGACCAUGGGUGGCAAUGAUGCAGUGAUUGGUGGCACGUUACCCCAGCGAAUGACUUCCUGUUUGGAGGUUCUGGAUAGGUUCCUGUGCCAGCAGAGGCCUGUGAUGUCCAGCUUUGUGCUAGCAGAGAGAGUGGUGGUUGCUAAAGGAGACGCAAGCGGACAGAAGGACCUGGUGGAGGCUGUGGCUCGCAUUCUAGGUGUUCGCCAUGUAAGCAGUCUGAAUGCUGACGCCUCGCUGGCUGAUCUGGGUCUCGACUCACUGAUGGGCGUGGAGGUUAGGCAGACACUGGAGAGGGACUACGAUAUUGUCAUGGCAAUGAGGGAAAUCCGACAACUAACCAUUAACAAGCUGCGGGAGCUGUCCAGCCAAUCAGGGGGGACAGAGGAGUUGCGAGCUGCUCCUGCAAAGCGUUCUGGGGCUCAGGCUCUGCUGGAGUCAGAUCUGAGCCGUAUGCUGGUGAACCCAGAUGGCCCAACGGUGACCCAGCUGAAUGAGGUCCAGAGUGCUGAGAGGCCCUUGUUCCUCAUACACCCCAUCGAAGGUUCCAUCGCCGCCUUCCACACUCUCACCGCCAAGCUUAACGUGCCGUGCUACGGUCUGCAGUGCACCAAAGCUGCCCCACUGGACAGUAUUCAGAGCCUUGCUACAUUCUACGUGCAUUGCUUGAGGCAGGUGCAGCAGGAGGGUCCAUAUCGCAUCGCUGGAUACUCAUUCGGUGCAUGUGUUGCUUUUGAGAUGUGCUCGCAGCUGCAGGCAGCCAAAUGCCCUGUGGAAUACCUCUUCCUCUUUGACGGCUCUCAUUCUUACGUGGCAGCAUAUACACAGAGCUACAGGGCCAAACUGACCCCUGGCAAAGAGUCAGAGGCGGAGACAGAAGCUCUGUGCGCAUUUAUCCAACAAUUCACCGGCAUCGAGUACAACAAGCUGUUGGAGACAUUGUUGCCUCUGUCAGAUCUGGAGGCUCGAGUCAACAAGGCUGUGGAUCUCAUUACAUCCAGCCAUAAGAAUGUCAGUCGAGAUUUGCUCCACUUUGCUGCUUCCACAUUCUACUACAAACUGAAAGCUGCCGACCGUUAUGUUCCAACUUCCAAGUAUCACGGCAAUGUCACUCUGCUACGAGCCAAGGCCAGCAGUGAAUAUGGCGAUGGCUUAGGAUCUGACUACAAGUUGCAUGAGGUGUGUGACGGGAAGGUAUCAGUUCAUGUGAUCGAGGGAGACCAUCGAACGUUCCUGGAAGGAGAGGGUGUGGAAUCCAUCUCGGGCAUUAUCCACAGCUCACUGGCCGAGCCCAGAGUCAGCACCAGAGAGGGUUGAACCUUCCCUGCAAUAUACCUUUUCUCUUUGCACAUUUCUAUUGUUUUACAUGCUUUCACCUGACCAACAUGUUACCAAAACACUGUGUGUCCCAGCCUAUUUAAGCGUGAUCUUUUUGAAUCUCUCCCCCACCAAAACUCUUCAUCCUUCUCAUUCCCUAGACAUCUUUAUUUUUCUUAGUUGCUCCUUAACCUACUACUAAAAAUAGACUCUCCGCUGGGAACAAAGUGCAUGUCUGUUUGCUCUCUUUAUUGGUUGAGAUUCACUCAACAAGGCUUUUCUUGUUAAUUCUUGUCUAUAAAUGAUCAUGCAUAACUGUGAAAUAUAAUGCCCUUACUGAUUGGCAUGUGAGCUUAAAGGAUUAUUUCGACCAAAAAGUUAAAUUCUAUCAUGAUUUACUCGCUCUCACUCACAAACGUGUAUGACUUUCUUCUAUGAAUCACAAAAGAUGUUUGGCAGAACUGAUAGCCUCAAGUCACCAUACAAUUUUAUUGUAUUGGACAAAGAUGCAAUGAAAGUGAAGGGUGACCGAGUAUGUCAGUCCAUACAUUCUGCCAAACAUACCCUUUUGUGUUCCACAGAAGUCAUAUUGGUUUGAAUUUUCAUUUUUGGUUGAACUAUCCCUUGAAGUGCCAGUUGCCCUAAGUAGUGCCCAGAUGUAGAGAUCAGUCCUCCUUUUAUUGCCACUGUCUAACCUGUACAAGUCUGCUAAAGGUUCUGUCAGCAUCCAUAGCUGCAUAUUCAUGUUUACAUGCCUUUACAUAGUCAAACUGAUAAUGCAGACUUCAAGUGUAAAGGCCUCACUGUAUUAAAAUUCAUAUAAUGGCUGUUGAGAAUCUAGUUACGCACAUAGCUGAGAUUGCUGUUUACAAAUCCUGAGCAGUAACUGAUGCUUCAGCAGUACUAUUGAUAGCUCACCUUUUUUGCUUAUGUUUACUAAUUUUAUGUAGCAUUUUUUUUAUUAUUAUUAUUGUGAAUGAUAUUUGCUGGUUCUCUUGAUGUUGCUGCUAAACAUCUAAAAUUAUGCUGGAAUAAUUGUACAAUUGGCGUGUAUUUAAAAGGGAAAAAUAUGUACAAAAGAACAAUCCGCAACAUUCCUGGAAAGAAAGUAAUCAUUAAGGGAGCUAGUUAAUUGACAUGUAUGGAUGGGUUGUUUGAAGUUAGUAGCUAGUUAUGGGCCACUGCUACUUAAAUAGAUGCAAUGUCUCAAAGCAAAUUCCAAUCAUGACACUGAUGUGAAAUGUUUUAAGAUCCAAAAUGCAACUUCAUCCCAGCUCGUUGCUUUACUGCUUCUCUAAACUAUAACUGGAAUAUUAACGUUGUAUCCUCUGAGGAUAGUACAAACAUUCCUUAUUGUUAGUUGCAUUUUACCAAACUGUUCUGUAAUUAGCUACUUGAAUCCUUUAAGGACCUCUUUACUAUUAAUGUUAGUUUAUGUAGAAAUUUUUGUUGUGGCCAGGUCCACAUUAAACAAUCUCAGUUAACAGUGCAAACCCCAUUACUUUUUAUCCUGCAUCUUGUCAGAGUAGGAGUGAAAUUUUGGACGUAUGAGCAGUUUUUUUUGGCAGUGACUUCAUUACUGGCUUUCUCUCUUGACAGAAAGAGAAGAAAGUUUCCUUUUAGAAAGCAAAUCACUACACAUUUCUGAGACUUAAUUCUCAAGUCAGUGACGAACUGUGUGAUUUCUUCAAUGUUGUGAUUAGAGCAAAGCUGAACAAACUAGAUGGUUCAAUUUUCUAUUAUUGUAAUGAUUUGUUUUUCUUUUGGUGUAAUUUGUCAAGUAUUUAUUGUUCUAGUGCAAAUAAAAAGCUAUUACUAACAUACA